AUGGAGUUUACGGACUCAGAUCCCGUUGAUUGGAAUAUUGAGGAAGUCGUUAAAUUCCUCUGUGACUCCGAGUCUCGCCCAUGGGCCGAGGGGUCCAACAUCCCGUUUCCAAAACCAACUGACCUAGCAGCGGCACUUCAUGAAAACUUCAUUACUGGAGAGGUCCUGUUAGAGGAAGUUGACAAAAUUUCCCUGAAAGAUGACCUCGGAGUCAAAGCCUUGGGCCAUCGAUCCGGCAUCAUGAAGGCUAUUGAGUGGCUGCGAAUCCGGUCUGCGAAGUUCCAAGCCAAGACUCGCCAACCUUCAUUACACGGAAUAUUCUCUCCACAGUCUACGUUUUCACCUCAGAUCCCCCAUUCCAGAUCUCCAGGCUCGGAUGCUCCUGCUGCUCCUGCUGCUCCUGCUGCUCCUGCCUCGGAAGUCGCCCCUGUCAACUUUUCUGGAGCUGGUGUGCGACCAUCGAUAACGACGCAAGGGAAACGCAGAAUUGCUCCUCAAUUGGUGCGUGCAUUUGAGAAAAGCGAAACGUCAAAUGAGAACCCGCAGUCGCCCCGUGGGCAUUUUGACUCGAACAAUACCAAUACAUCCAUUUCGGCCCUCAACCAUCCAAUGACUGAAGCUGCCCCGACGGGGCCGGUUAAUACAGUAUCCCCGGAAACUGAUGACACCGAUCUGCUCCCUCUUUAUGGUGAUUCUGGAUCUGAGGGCCAGUUUGACGAGGAAACUUGGGAGGAGAUGCAAAUCGAGGCCAAGGAAUUACGAGAGCAUGCAAAUAAACCUACUCCCGCUGAAAAGCCUAGUCUUUCUCGCGAGGAAUGCAUGGCAUUAAUCGCACAGCACAUCGCACAGAAAGAAGACAUUUGGAAAGAAAAGCGCCUGCCAAAGGAACUUCCAAAAGCUCCAAAACUAUGGAACCGUUCACACAUGAAUGGGUCACUUGAGCAGGACAGAGGUGAUCUCACCAAGAGAAUCUAUCUCUAUCAGAAACGCCUAGAAAAGCUCAAGGGUGGGCUCUUGGAAGUUGACUCGAAAGAUCGUGCCUUCUUCUUGCUAUCGUGUGCCACUCUUGACAACACCAUUGCUGAUAUCUGCCUGGAUAAAUGGAUACUCCAGAUACUGGAGCUUGAGAAUUGCCCGCCUCAUGUCGAACCGCCACCAAGAGUCCCAAAACCAAAGCCCAAAGAGGAGCCUUUGGAUGCCAGAGAUGAUGAAAGCCUGGCCUCUGAAAUGGAUACAGACCUUGAAAGUUCUUAUGAGGAGUCGGAAUCUGAUGGGUCUGAAUCCGAAGAAGAUGAAAGUGAUUUCAUUGAGAUUGAUCCCGAGGAUGAGACCGUGCAGGAUCAAGUGGAUAAAUCUCACAAGGGACUGCCGUUCACUUUGGACUCUCCUCCCCCUCCGGAUGAGCAAGACCCAUCGACUGAGCCUGCUCGAAAAAGGCGACGUAUCUAUGACAAUGAAAGUGAUGGCGAGAUGACCUCUGACACCGGGAUAUUUUCUGAGGUCUUGCGACGGGGUGACAUUGAUACUGUUGAUUUGACUGAAACCAUUUCCAUACCGGCCAGUGCCGCUGGCUCAAGGUCAGUCGCAAGUCCUUCAAAUCCAGCUCUCCCAGGGACAGUAGAAGGCGCUGCAGAUGCCGCAGAUUCCGAUGAGAUGCAAAUUGAGACGCCGCCCUUGAAUCCCACCCACUCAAUUUCUCCGCAGGAUGCCGAUGUCCCAGAGCUUCCGGUUGACAGCACGCCAUCUACCCCAGUGCGAAAUGUUAGAGUGAAAUUGACGAUGCCACGGCCUCCUGAACUUCAUUCUCACAAUUCGCGCAAAAUCUCGCGUGGCGACAAUGAUUUCCCCCAAGGACUUUCUAGUAUCCCUGAAAAUAUGAUGCUUGGAGUGGAUGAGGAUGAUAUUGAGCUUUUCGAUAUCGUGAAAUCAUUGGACUUUGAAAAAAUUGCCGAUUCAAAGGACCGCGUCCAAUUACUGGCUAAAUCGAUUCUUGGACUGGGCGCACAUGAACCAAAACUAGUUCGGAAGUAUCUGGAUGAAUUCAUGCUUUCUCAGCUCAUGGAUCUGGUUCACGAAGCUCUGACUCACAUGCAAAACGACCGAGCAAAGUUUCCUAAUCUAGACGAGAAUGAGAGUCUAGGUAUCAUGCGUCUCGCGGUACUGUACCACUCUUGGCUUCACUGUAUAGGUCUGAGUCGCAUUGGACUUGAUAAACAGCAGGUCAAAGACACGAUUUCCCAAAUCGAGAAAGAAGAAGCCCAAUCCAUGUUUUCAACGUUUGUUGAAAGAUUGAGCAAAUUGUUUGCCGCUUACGAAUUGUGGGUUUUGCAGAAUCCAAGGUAUCCUUCUGGCCCUCAUAGUUCAUCUCUCGCAGCGUUUGUCACGGGGUCCAAAUCAAACGUGAAGGCCAAAACCAAAACCAAGUAUGCCCCGAGAACCCCAAGCAACAUGCAAAGAGAAGCCCAAGUGAGACAAGAGAAACAGGAGGCCAUGAGGCAGGAAAGAGAAAAACGAGGCCUCGGUAACAGUGACCCAGACAAACAGGCCGUCAACUUCAAAGAGCCUGCAAUCUACUUGCAUAGGGAGAUCGGAGAGCACGUUAAACCACAUCAGCUUGCGGGUAUUCAAUUCAUGUGGCGUGAGUUGAUAGAGGCCAAAAAACCCCAGGGUUGUCUCCUUGCCCAUGUGAUGGGCCUUGGGAAAACAAUGCAGGUGGUAUCCCUAUUGACCACAAUCGCCGAUGCAGCGGCGUCAGAUGACCCUCAGAUCCGUGAACAAGUCCCUGAGAAGUUUCAUCGCUCCCAGACUCUGGUUUUAUGCCCCUCUGCUGUGGUUCAGAACUGGGCAGAAGAGUUUGCCUUGUGGACCCCGAAAGGACAUCAUCUCGGCCCGAUCUGGGAAAUCAUGUCUGGAGGCAACAUGGAGGCCGAAGAAAGGUUUCAUAUCAUCAAGGCCUGGGAUGAAGGGGGCGGUGUUCUGAUAAUCAGCUACGAUCUGUUCCGCAUCAUCGUACUCAACAAGUCAACCCGACCGACAAACCGCAACAGUCUUUCUGACGAACAACAUGAGUUUACGAAGGAGGCUCUCUUGUCUCGGCCGAAUAUUGUCGUUGCUGAUGAAGCCCACAGGCUCAAAAAUGAAAAGUCUGCCAUCUCACAGGUAACUUCACGCUUCAAGACCUUGAGCCGCAUCGCUAUGACAGGGUCGCCAUUGGCGAACCACCUUUGGGAGUAUUACCAAAUGGUCGAGUGGGUUGCACCAGGGUAUCUUGAAGAUGCAGCUUCAUUCAAGACAAAGUUUUUGGAACCAAUCCAGUCCGGAUCUUAUAUCGACAGUACUCGUGCACAACAGAGGGAGAGUCUCUGUGCCCUCAAGAUCCUCAAUGGAAUUUUGAAACCCAAGGUUCUCCGAGCGGAUACUUCAGUCAUCUCAUCGGAUCUACCCCCCAAGACCGAAUUUGUUAUCCGAAUUCCCCUCACAGAUCUUCAGGAAGCAGCUUACAACACUUUCGUAUCUACUGCUCAGGCGGGGGACGACGUUGACUCCAAAUUGUACACUUGGCUUGCCAUUUUGCAACUUUGCUGUAACCAUCCCCAACCGUUCCUAGAGAAACUUGAAGAUCGCUCGAAACAACCCGAGGAUACCGAAGGGUCUGUUCUGCCUGAAUCAAUGAAGGAGACUGGACUCCCAGGAGAUUUAUUGUCGAAGAUAAAUGCUCUUUUCGAGUCCAUACCACGAAUUGAAGACCCCAGUCUAUCGCAUCGGGCUACUUUACUCAACAAAAUCAUUGACCAGUCCACCAAAAUCGGAGACAAGGUUCUGAUCUUCACCCAAAGUCUCCCGACCAUGAACUUCAUUAACCUUAUGUUAACUGAACGUCGCUUGAAAUUUCAACGAAUUUAUGGCAACACUACUGCGGUUGAACGCCAAGCUGUCACCAAAAAGUUCAACUCUGAUUCUGAUCAGCAGAUUCUCUUAAUCUCCACCAAGGCUGGCGGAGUGGGCCUCAACAUGUUUGGAGCUAAUCGCGUCGUCAUUUUCGACUUUUUGUUCAACCCUAUGUGGGAAGAACAGGCUGUUGGACGAGCUUACCGACUCGGGCAGACCAAGACAGUCUUCGUUUAUCGAUUUGUGGCCGGCGGAACAUUUGAGGAAAACAUUUUCAACAAAGCAGUUUUCAAAAGACAGCUCGCAGUCCGCGUGGUGGAUAAGAAAAAUGUUGUACGCCAAAGCUCUAAAAACUCACCGAUUCUUCUGCAUCCAGUGAAGCCGGUGAAGAAAAGUGAUCAUACUGAGAUUAAAGGGAAAGACAAAGUUCUUGAUGAGAUUCUUGCAGGGCCGUAUGGAGAUAUCAUUCUGGAUGUCUCCGUAUCCGCACAUCCAAGAUAA